GCUAUCAUUUACGCUAUCGAACAAAUUAAUCAAGAUAAACAGCUAUUACCUAACAUUAAACUUGGCUACGAUUUACGCGACACAUGCGAUACAGCAAAUUUAGCUUCAAUCCAAGCUCUACAUUUUAUCACCAAAUCAAUAGAAGGCGACCAUCAAACUUCUGGAUAUCAUCGUAAUAAAAUAGUCGGCAUAGUUGGCGCCUUGCGUACUAAAGGAUCGUUCGCUGCUGCUACCAUACUUAGCAAUUUUGACUUAGCUCAAGUGAGCUACGGCUCAAGUAGUCGUAUAUUAGAUGAUAAAGAACGUUUUAAAACAUUUUUUCGCACAAUUCCAUCCGAUAUUUACCAAGCACGAGCUCUUGUCGACAUCAUAAAAUAUUUUCAAUGGAGUUAUGUUGGACUACUAGCUAUUGAUGAUGGCUACGGCGAAAUGUUGGCAAGUACUUUCACAUCCAUAGCGCUUCAAAAUAGCAUAUGUAUACCAGUUUAUCGUACAUUUCCACUCAAAUGGACCAAAAAGCAUCUGCGUGAAAUCAUUAAACAAUUUGUAAAACUGACCGAAAUUAAAGUCAUUCUCUUGUUUUGUACAGAAACUGAUGCAUCAGCAAUAUUUGAAGAAGCAUCACGGCAAAAUCUAAAAGGUAAAAUAUUUAUUGGUUGUGAUGCUUGGGGAUAUGGUCGCAAUAUAGCUAACAAAUUUCCUGAUGUGAUUGAAGGAGCACUAUCUGUCGCGUUUCCUUUCAAUCCAUUAUUAGCUUUUCGUCGCUACUUGCAAAGAUUAAAUAUAUGCGAAAAAGAAAAUCUUAACCCGUGGCUGUUUCAAUUUUUAUUACAACAACAAAAUAAUAUCACUCUAGGAAAAGAGCUUGAUUGUAAACUAAUGCAGGAAUUGUAUCUGCAACUUCUACAACAGGAUUCACAAGAUCCAUUAGAGUAUUCAGAUUUUGCGAUUGAUGCUGUUUAUGCCGUUGCUCAUGCAUUACAUCAGUCUUUACAUUGUAAUCAUACCGCCUGCCCUCUUCAUAAUUUAGAUGAAUUUAAAUCGAGCGAUAUUGUUAAUGCCCUCUAUAAUUUAACGUUCAAGUCUGUAACCUCAAAUUAUGUUUAUAUCGACGGAAACGGUCCUGGCCAUGGAGAAUAUACAAUAUUAAAUCAUCAAUACGACAGUAAAUCGAAUCAAUUUCAAUUUAAGCCCAUCGGCCGAUGGGAAUAUGACUUACGCCAUGAAAAUAUUAGUAAACUGAUCAUCAAUAAUUCAGAAGUAUCAUGGUCACGACAACAAAAAUUGCCAUUUAUACCAAUAUCACAGUGUUCUCGAGACUGCCAACCAGGAGAAUAUCGUCAAUAUUUCACUGAUAUGAAUUGCUGCUGGAAUUGUUUACCAUGUCCGAUAAAUUCCAUAUCUAACAUAACUAAUGCUCACAUGUGCUAUACUUGCGAUGUAGGAUUGAUACCCGAUCCGACACAAUCGCAAUGUAUUUUAGUUAAUAUCACCUACCUAACGAUAUCCCAUCCGCUGAUUAUUACCUUAAUAGUUAUCAUUAGCAUUGGUAUUAUAUGUGUGUUAGCUGUAUGGUCAGUUUUUAUAAAGCAUCAGCAGACAGCUAUCGUCAGAGCAUCUAAUAAUCUAUUUACCAAUUGCUUGUUAGCUGGUAUACUACUAACCUAUACAGUACCCGUCAUAAUUAUCUUGCCGAUAUCAUCAUUAACUUGUAAUUUAACCUAUAUCACCUUUAUGACAUCUUUUGCCUAUAUAAUGGCCGUAAUAUUAGCUAAAACGUAUCUGUUAAUUAAGAUUUUCUUUCCUCAAAGUCGGUUAGAUAAAAUUAUGCGGAAAAUAUUAUGCAGUAGAAGUGCGCCACAGUCUACAAUCAUUGUCAUCAUCAUGACUAUAGUUACUUUAGUACAAGUUGUAGUAUUAACUGCAGACCCAUUAAUGCCAGCACGAUAUGUUUCCAACAAUGAACUAGUUUAUGCAUAUUGUACAGCCAAUACUAUGAGCGGUUUUGGCUUGACUAUUUCUAUAUUAUUGGCGCUAAAUACAAUGUGCAUCAUAUUUGCAUAUAAAACUCGUAGAUUACCGCAAAACUUUAAUGAAGCUCGAUAUAUAUAUUUCGUAUCUAUUACUAUGUGCUUAGUGUUAUGUGUAAUUUUUCCGUCCUAUUUGGUUACACGGGGACCAAUUCAAAAUGCAAUUGCAGCCUUUAGUAUUUUUGCCAUUUCCACAGCUCUAUUAGCUUGUUUAUUUGUUCCCAAAAUCUACAUCAUAAUUUGUUAUCCUGAGCUAAAUACG